AUGUUUGGUUCCUCUCAGGACAGGGCCAGACAGCUUGCGGGACGUAACCGACGACAGCGUAUCAGCUCAAGUGGCUCAUGGUCGAGUUCACGCUCCACAUCCUCCACACACGAUGUCUCUGAGCUAUGCAGUUCGACAACGAUUCUGGAUCCCGAUGCCGAGUUACCACCCGUGAAGGAAGAACAGCCUUUCCAAGAAACCGCCCGUUCUUCCGUCGUUCUUUCAGAUCCUAAGAAAAACGGAAUUGGACAAGACAACAGACGCUUGACCUCACGAUCUGCUUCCACACUGCCCACUAGGCCACACAAUCUCCAACUGGAACAGCACCGGCUUCAAGCUGAACACCUCAGUCAGGUGCUAUACAAUGCGCUUAGCCUUCCAAAACUUGCCGCUACUCCACAUGAUCUGUUCCAAUCAUCUCACCACAUCGAAUACGGGAAUCUGGGUAUUCAAGCAGUCACGUCUUCCAACAUACGCAACAUUACGGCUCCCUGUCAGGCAACCUGUUUUCCGAGUUCGCCAGCCCUCGACUUGAUGAAAGCGUUUGACUCUUCUGAAGCUCCCUUUCUUAGGACUUCUGCAUCCGAAUUUCGCCCGCGUCCACAACCGGUUGUUUCGUUGCAGGGUGGCUGUGGGAGAAUGCAGGAUCUCGAUGACCAAGAAGCAGAAUAUGCACUUCAAAAGCAUACGCUGAGAGUCCAAAAUUAUCAGGAAGUUGGCAUCUAUGCAUCGAUCUGGGACAAGGAAGUCAGCGGUUACCACCAGUUGGAUCUUGCCGACAAAAUCAGGUUGCUUCCACAACAGGCGUGGAACGAACCCAUAACUGCGGGCCUUUCGUAUGAAGAUUACUACAGUGGUGGAAGCGCUCCCCAAGCUUCUCCUGCAGCCAAGUCUGCUCUCAACGCGCUAUUUGACAAGUAUCGAGAAUCCGAUGCCCAGGACAAGGAUGUUGUUGGAGUCGAGGGUACCAUGAAGUUCUUCGCGGACAUCGGCGUCAACGCUGAAGACUUAGACGCGCUAGCUACGUUUGAAAUCAUCCAGGCGCCUACAAUGGGUGAGAUGAGCCGUGAAGGUUUCGUGAAGGGCUGGACAGAGCGCAACUGCGAUACUGUUGAAAAACAGAGGAUGUACAUCCAGAGUGUAAAGGACGAGCUUCCCAAGAACAAAGAGCUCUUCACCCGGGUAUACAAGUUCACAUUUCCGCUUGCCAGGGCACAGGGCCAGAAAGCAGUCGCUCUCGACAGCGCAGUCGUGUUUUGGGAACUUUUAUUUGGAUCACCACUGUCAGCAGUGACGUGGUCGACCGAGAAGACACCGUGGCUAAGCUGGUGGACUGAGUUUGUCAACUCUCAAUGGAAAAAGAGCGUCAACAAAGAUAUGUGGAACGAGACACUUAAGUUUGCACAGCUCACCCUUGAAGACGAUUCGAUGGGUUUCUGGAGUGAGGAGUCCUCUUGGCCCUCUGUCAUUGACGAGUUUGUUGAGUGGGUCAAGAAGGAGAAGCGAGAGGAUACUAAAGAGGAGAUGGUCGCCGCUAAGAAGCACGUCCCGAUCGUCAAGAAGCACACCAAGCGCUUCAACCGUCACCAGUCGGACCGCUUCAAGUGCGUUGACCCAUCAUGGCGCAAGCCCAAGGGUAUCGACAACGCCGUCCGCAGGCGAUUCAAGGGCCGAGCUGCUAUGCCUAAGAUCGGAUACGGCUCCAACAAGAAGACCCGCCACAUGAUGCCCAGCGGCCACAAGGCUUUUGUUGUCAACAACGUCGCCGAUGUUGACCUUCUCCUCAUGCACAACAGCACCUUCGCCGCAGAGAUCGCCCACGCCGUAUCAGCACGAAAGCGCAUCGACAUCAUUGCCCGCGCGAAGCAACUCGGUGUCAAGGUCACUAACGGCAAGGCCCGCGUCAAGACCGAGUCGUAG